UGUAGUUGAUUACAACUAAAGUAAUCAAUUAGUAUGAAAUUGAAUGAUUUGGUAUGGUCGAUUUACGUAUGUACCUCUCAAGUGUUUUCUACUAAGUUUGCACUAUUAGUACAGUAACUAUUCAAUCAAGAACAAGAAACAGAGAGUCUGAGAAAGAGAAGAGUCUGUUUUGGUCUUCUUCUUCAUCAUCUUCGUCCUGAACUCAUGCAUAUCUCUGGCCCCUCUAUAAUCAUGAGUUUCCUUUUGCCAUCAUUACCUUCAAAAGCCUUGUCUUUCUUCAUCACUCUCUAUCUCAAAAGAAACAACUACAGCUUUAUAGAUCGUCUAUAUAAAGCUUACUCUUCCAUUGUGUUUACUCAGUUCGUUUUGUGUGAUAAAACCACAAGAAGAUGUGUCUGACAACUUCAGAGCCACCAUUCCCAGACACUGACACACCAACUAUGAGAUCUGCUUCGUACCAUAUCAAACAUAAAUCUAAGACACAAACCCAUCUUCGUAUCCUUAAUCUCACCAGGAGGAGAAGAUUACUGAAGGAACAGAAGGAGAUGGAGAUGAGGAACUUGAAGCUUUUCGUAGAGAAUCAAAGCAUCAUACGAGAGAAUGAAGCUUUAAAAAAGAAAGCUCUUCUUCUCCACCAUGAAAACAAUGCUCUGUUUGCUCUGCUUCACCCAAAAUACUCCCCUGUUUCAACCUCCUUGCUUCAGUGAUCUUCGUGAACUUUGUUUAUUGAUUCUUCUCGUCUUCUUCUUUCCUUUUCCAACCUUUAAUGGUACUAAAAUAAAAUCAAACUAAUGAUUUAUGGGUGAUUUACUCUUCUAUGAAAGCUUUGAUUAUUCUUUUUCAUGUACCA